CAUGUAACCCACAGCUCUCCUGGGGACUUAGGAACCUGCUUGUGUGCAAGAAAACAGUAAGGAAAAYCUAAAGAAAACAAGCGGAUCCCUUUUAGGGACACCCCAAAGCCAGAAAACCCGAGCUGAUCACGGCCAGCCCCAAGGAGGAGCGCUGUGCGGUCAGCUUGCCUCUUCCAGUUUGGAGACAUGCAUCUGUACAAACCUGCCUGUGCGGACAUCCCCAGCCCCAAGCUGGGKCUGCCUAAAUCCAGUGAAUCUGCUCUCAAAUGCAGACGACAUCUAACAGUGACCAAGACUCAGCCCCAAGCAGUCUGCUGGCCUGUUCGGCCCAGUGGAGCUGCAGAACGGAAAUAUCUGGAGAAGUUUUUACGCGUCCAUGGAAUUUCGCUACAGGAAACCACCAAGGCKCAGACAGGCAUGGUGUACAGGAAUCUUGGAAAAUCAGGACUCAGAGUUUCUUGCUUGGGUCUUGGAACAUGGGUGACAUUUGGAGGUCAGAUUUCAGAUGAGGUCGCUGAACGGCUGAUGACCAUCGCGUACGAGAGUGGCGUUAAUCUCUUCGAUACGGCCGAGGUCUAUGCAGCUGGAAAGGCUGAGGUCAUCCUGGGCAGCAUCAUCAAGAAGAAAGGCUGGAGGAGGUCCAGCCUGGUCAUCACGACCAAACUCUACUGGGGUGGAAAAGCUGAAACAGAAAGGGGGUUGUCAAGGAAGCAUAUUAUUGAAGGACUGAAGGGCUCCCUCCAAAGGCUGCAGCUGGAGUAUGUGGACGUCGUCUUUGCAAACCGUCCAGACAGCAACACGCCCAUGGAAGAAAUCGUCCGAGCCAUGACGCAUGUGAUAAACCAAGGCAUGGCGAUGUACUGGGGCACCUCCAGGUGGAGCGCCAUGGAGAUCAUGGAAGCCUAUUCUGUAGCCAGGCAAUUCAAUAUGAUCCCGCCCGUGUGUGAACAAGCUGAGUAUCAUCUUUUCCAGAGAGAGAAGGUGGAGGUCCAACUGCCAGAGCUCUACCAUAAAAUAGGGGUUGGCGCCAUGACGUGGUCCCCACUUGCCUGCGGAAUCAUCUCAGGGAAAUAUGGAAACGGCGUGCCUGAAAGUUCCAGGGCUUCUCUGAAGUGCUACCAGUGGCUGAAGGAAAGGAUCGUCAGUGAGGAAGGCAGGAAGCAGCAGAACAAGCUGAAGGACCUCUCUCCCAUCGCUGAGCGCCUGGGGUGCACACUGCCUCAGCUUGCAGUCGCGUGGUGCCUGAGGAACGAGGGCGUGAGCUCCGUGCUUCUGGGAUCAUCCACUCCCGAGCAGCUCAUCGAAAACCUCGGUGCCAUUCAGGUUCUCCCAAAGAUGACGUCACACGUGGUCAAUGAGAUUGAUAACAUACUGCGCAACAAGCCCUACAGCAAAAAGGACUAUAGAUCCUAAGGCAAUGCAUGAGCCACAGAAGCUGCAUGGGUCACAUCACAGUCUGUACCCUGUACAGGAGUUCCUAGCCACUCUUCUGAACCACUUAGCAGCCCACUGCUCAACCUCUAGCAUCCCUGGAUUGAGGUGUCUGCUGUCGCUGCCACUGUGCACCUGAAUUCCAAGCACAUCAGAAAACUCACAACCAAGAAAAUCCAUUCUAUUUUCUUACCUAGGACUGAAGUCCCUGCCCUGCACUGCUUCUCCGCCUCUUGCUUAGGCCAUGGAAAGAGUACUGGGGAAAAUGAUGUAUCGCCCUCGGGCAUUUGCUAACUUAAAGAAGGCUAUACAAGUAUAUUUUUUCAAGAGAAAACAAUCCAGGUGCAACUGAAUUGCAUAAGAAUCAGGAGAUCUUCAGUCAGAAGUCUUGCUUGGGAGAAAAAGCAGAAACAAUUUUACAUUUAUUCCUCACUUCAUAUUGAUAUGAGCAAGUUUUAUUUCACUUGUCAUAACAAAAAGUUCUAAGCAUUUGCUUUCAUUAUCUUUUAAAUAUUUACUGUAGCCUGGAUCUGUACUAGUUUAUCCAACGUGUCUACUAGAAUUCUAAUGUUAUGUCUAUUCACCCAUAGAGACGG